GUUGGGGCUGAUUUAGCCCUCCUCGAUGAGAUAGAUUCAGGAUUAGAUGUUGAUGCACUUGAAGAUGUAGCUCAUGCAGUGAAUGGGCUCUUGACUCCCCAAAACUCCGUUCUGAUGAUUACACAUUACCAACGACUUUUGGAUCUUAUUAAGCCAAGCUAUGUUCACAUCAUGGAAAGUGGCAAGAUAGUGAAGACAGGUGACAGCUCUCUAGCCAGCCACAUCAACGAGGGUGGCUUCAAAUCAAUCGCUUCUUUUGUAUAGCAUGAAUAAGGUCAAAUGCUUGAAUUCCCAGCCACUAGUCUGUUUGUCAAAACAGAUUGGUCACUGGUCGGGGUCCAUACAUUCUUAUACCUAGUACGCAUGCAGCCUGGAAGUAAAGCGCUCUAAAUUCAGUGUAAUUUUGGAGGCGGAGCCCUGGAGUUCUGAAUUGCCUCGGCCCUAUUUCUCUUUUAGUCCUGUAGGAUAUUUUUUGGUUAACAAUAUUAGUACACAAUACAUGCAGUGUAUGCAGAGCAACACCUUGCAUGUGCAUAUGACCAGCAAAAUUGUAUCGGAUUUUUCUCUUCAAUUGUAAACAGUUUUGAAUAUCAUUCAUUGCCUCUCU